AUGGAGUUUGUGUCUGGAUACCGGGAUGAGUUCCUGGAUUUCACCGCCCUCCUCUUCGGCUGGUUCCGCAAGUUCGUGGCAGAGCGUGGGGCUGUGGGGGCCAGCCUCGAGGGCCGCUGGCGACAGCUGGAGGCCCAGAUCCGAAGGCUGCCCCAGGACUCUGCCCUUUGGGUGUUGCAUGUCUUGCCCAACAGUAGUGUGGGCAUCAGCCUGGGGCAGGGGGCAGAGCCGGGCCCAGGUCCAGGCCUGGAGGCUGCCCGACUCCUGGGAGACGAGCCCCCCCUCCACCUGCGAGACCUCAGCCCCUAUGUCAGCUUCGUCAGCCUAGAGGAGGGGGAAGAGGACGAGGAGGACGAAGAGAGUGGACAGGAGAAGCGGGCAGGUGCAGAGAAGGCGGGGGCAGAGGAGGGCAGGGAGCCAGUCCCCACCAGCAGGGCGUCCCCGCAGGAAGCAAACCCUGCAGGGGAGCCAGAGGAGACCAAGAAGGAGGUAGGAGGUGGCGAGGACGGCUGCCGAGAGGACAGGGUGGAGGACACGGCUGGACGCGAGAAGAGGAAGGGACACAGGAGCGACGCCGCCCCCCUGCACCUGUCUUGCCUCUUACUGGUGACUGACGAGCACGGCACCAUCCUGGGCAUUGAUCUACUGAUGGACGGCGCCCAGGGGAAUGCAGGCCGGGGCUCAGGGACCGAGAACCUGGCUCCUCGGGCCUACGCUCUCCUCUGCCACAGCAUGGCCUGCCCCAUGGGCUCUGGGGAUCCCCGCAAACCCCGACAGCUUACUGUGGGAGACGCCCAGCUGCAUCGAGAGCUGGAGAGCCUGGUCCCAAGGCUGGGGGUGAAGUUAGCCAAGACCCCAAUGAGGACAUGGGGUCCCCGACCCGGUUUCACCUUUGCCUCCCUUCGGGCUCGGACCUGCCAUGUUUGUCACAGGCACAGCUUUGAAGUGAAGCUGACCCCCUGCCCCCAGUGCAGUGCCGUCCUGUACUGUGGAGAGGCCUGUCUGCGGGCUGACUGGCGGCGAUGCCCGGAUGAUGUGAGCCACCGGUUCUGGUGCCCAAGGCUUGCGGCUUUCAUGGAGCGGGCAGGGGAACUGGCGACGCUGCCCUUUACCUACACUGCAGAGGUGACCAGUGAGACCUUUAACAAAGAGGCCUUCCUGGCCUCGCGAGGCCUCACCCGUGGCUACUGGACCCAGAUCAGCAUGCUGCUCCCAGGCCCCGGCACCCCCAGGCAGCCCUGGGGCAGUGUACCAUCCCACAGCCUUCUGCUCAGUGGAGACCCCUACCAGCUCCUCCAGGGGGACGGGCCUGCCCUGAUGCCUCCUGUGCCCCCAGACCCACCCAGGAGUCUCUUUGGCUCGUGGCAGGAUUACUACACAUGGCGGGGCCUCAGCCUCGACUCCCCCAUGGCCGUGCUCCUCACCUAUCCGCUGACCGUAUACUACGUCAUCACCCAUCUGGUGCCCCAGUCCUUCCCUGAGCUCAACAUCCAGAACAAACAGUCACUGAAGAUCCACGUGGUGGAGGCUGGGAAGGAGUUUGACCUGGUCAUGGUGUUCUGGGAGCUGCUGGUUCUGCUCCCCCAUGUGGCCCUGGAGCUGCAGUUUGUGGGUGACGGCCUGCCCCCCGAGAGUGACCAGCAGCACUUCACCCUGCAGAGGGAUGGCCCCGAGCUGUCGGUCCGUCCCGGUGCUGGGGCAUCAGCAAGGCUCGGCUCUGGGACUAAGGAGAAAGGGGGCCGCAGGGAUCUUCAGAUCAAGGUAUGCGCCAGGCCCUACCACCUGCUCCAGGGACCCAAGCCCGACCUGGUUAUCGGAUUUAACUCCGGCUUCGGUCUCAAGGACACUUGGCUGAGUUCCCUGCCCCGGUUACAGUCGCUCCGAGUGCCGGCCUUCUUCACCGAGAGCAGCGAGUAUGGCUGCGUGAUGGACGACCAGACUAUGGCGGUGGCCACCGGAGGGGGCACCAGCGCCGCACGGCCCAACCCCUUCCGCUCCCCCUUUCGCCUGCGAGCCGCUGACAACUGCAUGCCCUGGUACUGCAACGCCUUCAUCUUCCACCUGGUGUAUAAGCCUCCACCUGCGGGUGCGGCCCGCCCGGCGCCGGGCCCCGCGCCCCCGGCCCCGACCCCCGCCGCUCCUCCUGUCCCUGCCCGCAGACGCCGAGGAGAAAAGAAACCUGGGCGCGGGGUCCGCCGGCGGAGAUGA